AUGACUCCCUCGGUGAAUGGAGCAUAUAAUCCAAGAUUGGCCUCUCAUUUCUACAAAGACUUCUCUGUUUGGCUCUACCACGGCGUCACCCGCACGCCACACCGCCGGCCCUCUUGGACGCCAGCUCAAACACCCGGCCGCACUCCUGCCAAGACACCGGUCGCCAACUACUACCAAACCCGGCAUAUCACCACCCCGCCGGUCCCUUACCCUCAGUCCCCUGACACCCCGGUCUUCAACACGCCAACACCGAUUUUUGACCAGCAUGACUACAACGAGAUAGAGCCGCUCGACGACCCGUCCGACGGCGCGCCAAAGUUUGCAAACCCGUGGCUGCGUGAGGUGGCGGUGCUGUCAUGGCGCACGGCGCUGAACGUGAUGCGCACGCCGGAGCUGUUCCUGUCCCGCGAGAUCGUGCUGACUGUCAUGGGGGUAAUCCUCUCCACUCUCUUCCACCGCCUUGGCAAUGAUGACUUCACCACAAUCAACCGCCUUCUCAACUUCUACAUCUUCUCUGUCUGCCUUGUCUUCUUCUCUUCCAACGACGCGGUACCAACAUUCAUCCAAGAACGCUUCAUCUUCAUCCGUGAGACAUCACACAAUGCGUACCGUGCGUCCUCCUACGUCGUCUCCUCGCUCCUCGUCUACCUUCCGUUCUUCGCGGUCCAGGGCUUCACAUUUGCAAUCAUAACCAACCUCAUGCUUCACCUGAAAAGCAGGGUGCUCUACUUCUGGAUCAUACUCUACGCCUCACUGAUCACCACCAAUGGCUACGUGAUGCUUGUGAGCGCGCUGGUGCCAAGUUACAUCACGGGCUAUGCUGUCGUGAUUGCCACCACCGCGCUCUUCUUCCUGACGUGUGGCUUCUUCCUGAAGCGGUCGCAGAUCCCCAAGUACUGGCAGUGGCUGCACUACUUGUCAGCAAUCAAGUACCCGUUCGAGGCGCUGCUCACAAACGAGUUCAAGGGCGGACGCUGCUACUUCGGCAGCUUCAGCGACCUCUCGCCAGGGCCGCUAGGAGAUCUUAAGAUUAGCGAUCUUCACCAGCAGCUCAACUCAACAUGCCCGUAG